AUGGAAGGGCUGGCAAAAUUUGCCCGUGCCAGUUUGAAGUGCGGAAAGGUCUCCAUCAACUGGGGCUCGACGGCUCCAGUUAUGGAGUUGAAACCGUUCUGGCUACGACUGCAUGACCCAAGCAGUAGCACCAAGAACCAACAGCGGCUCUUUGAGAUGUCGAAAGUCAUUGAUGGGACCCUUAGCUCUGAAGUUACGAAUCUCACCAGUGGCUCAGAUGGUGUAUGCAUCAAGUGGAGCGAUGGAGCGAAGAGCUAUUACGACUGGAACUGGCUGGCAAAACAGGCAAAACCCAAAGAAGUUCAUCAACAUUUUUGGGAUGGGAGCUUUCAACAGAAAUUGCCUUGGAUGGAGUAUGAUGCUUUCUCCACAUCCAGUGGGAAGCUCCAGUUGUGCACCUACUUGCAGCGAUAUGGUUUGGCUUUCUUGCGUGGUUUGGGGGCUGGUGAAGGUACCAUCAGGAAAGUUGGAAAUGAGAUCGGGCACAUCAGAGUCACAAACUAUGGAGAUAUAUUUGACGUCAAGGAUGAAGGGGUCAAUGCUACAAAUUUGGCCUUCACAAAUCAGAGGAUCUCAGCCCACACUGACAAUCCAUACCGUGACCCUUUCCCAGGCAUACAGAUGCUGCAUUGCCUGAGCUGUGCAGAAGCUGGUGGCGCUACCCUCUUUACGGAUGGUUUUCGCGUUGCUGAAGAACUGAAAACAUUGGAUGGCGAUGCGUUUCGUUUGCUGUCGGGCAUCUCACAUCCCUUUGAAUACCGGGACCCUGAUGCUGCUGUCCUUCUACAGGCAUCCGUUCCCGUCAUAAAGCUUCAGAAUGGGAACAUUCAGCGCAUUACCUUCAACAAUCGGUCUGCAGCACCGCUGUCACCAGAAUUACCAGAGCUCGAAGCCUAUUACCGGGCCUGGGCUCUGUUUGAUCGCCUUGCGAACUCUGGUGCUUUCACAGUUCGAAUCGAGCUGAAACCAGGCGACCUUGCUAUUUGGUCCAAUGGGCGAGUCAUGCAUGGUCGCGAAGCUUACGAACGUGGUGCCCCACGGCAUUUGCAAGGUGCCUAUUUGGAUGGUGAUGAGAUCAAUUCCACAGUUGCCGCAGCUUUGGCUGAUGGUGAAGACUUGGAGAAGUUCUUCUGUGAUUUUUCAGAAGUGGAGGCCUUGUCCCUGACAGGUAAGAAUGCUUGA